CCAGUGGCUAGUUUUUUUCAACGGGAUUGCAAGAUGGCGUCGAGUGGAGGAGAAGGGGAACAGGAAUGGACAGCGGCAGUGCGGCCGCUUUUAUCGGCUUCGUACACAGCUUUUGAAACAAAAGACCUACCUCAGCUAAUUGGGUCUAUAAUCAACAGUGAAUCAGACAUUCUUCACCACGACAAACAAUAUGAGCCUUUCUACUCAUCAUUUGUGGCACUUUCUGCACAUUACAUCACCACAGUAUGUGGACAAAUACCGAGAAAUCAGUUGCUCUCAGUUGCUGCAGCAUGCAAAGUAUUGAUUGAGUUCUCAUUGCUGCGUUUGGAGAACCCAGAUGAGGCAUGUGCUGUAUCUCAGAAACACCUGAUUCUUCUAAUAAAAGGACUUUGCACUGGCUGCAGCAGACUAGAUCGCACAGAAAUCAUUACUUUCACUGCUAUGAUGAAGUCUGCCAAGUUGCCUCAAACCAUCAAGACCCUUUCAGAUGUGGAAGACCAGAAAGAGUUGCCCACCGCUGUGAAUCCAGAGCUUCGACAAAAAGAAGUACAAAUGAACUUCUUUAACCAACUAACAUCAGUUUUUAACCCUGACCUUACAACCAUUUUGGCCUCCCCAUCAGCACAAAUGCAGGCUGAGAGUGAUUGUGAUGACCAAACCACAGAACAGGCUCUUCAGACCAAAAUGAAAAAUGCCUUUGUCUCUCAGAAUGUGUCAAGCUUACAGGAACUUGGUGGGUCUGAGAAGUUGCUGCGAGUGUGCCUCAACCUACCCUACUUUCUGCGCUACAUCAACCGUUUCCAAGAUGCUGUAUCAGCCAACUCUUUUUUCAUCAUGCCUGCCACAGUGGCGGAUGCUACUGCUGUCCGCAAUGGAUUUCAUUCACUGGUGAUUGAUGUAACCAUGGCUUUGGACACACUUUCCCUGCCAGUACUGGAGCCCUUGACACCAGCGAGAUUAGUGGAUAUGACCGUGCUGGCAUUGAGCUGUCUUUAUGCUGGUGUGAGUGUGGCUACUUGCAUGGCCAUUCUACAGGUAGGAAGUGGUUUGCAGCUCAGAUCUGCCUCCACUGGGACUAAAGAGGAGGACUACGAAAAUGAUGCAGCAACAAUUGUCCAGAAAUGUCUGGAGAUUUAUGAAAUGAUAGGACAAGCCAUCAGCAGCUCCCGCAGAGCUGGAGGAGAGCAUUAUCAGAACUUUCAGCUGCUCGGAGCCUGGUGCCUUUUAAACAGCCUGUACUUGAUUCUUAACCUGAGCCCAACUGCUCUGGCUGAUAAAGGAAAAGAGAAGGAUCCCCUAGCUGCCCUUCGUGUCCGGGAUAUUGCUGCUCGCACAAAGGAUGGUGCAGGAUCGCCUAAACUUGGUCCUGGAAAAGGGCACCAAGGAUUUGGAGUUUUGUCUGUUAUCCUGGCCAAUCAUGCCAUCAAACUUUUGACGUCACUUUUCCAGGAUCUGCAAGUUGAAGCUCUCCACCUGGGUUUGGUUAGUGAUGGGCCACCAGCUGAGCUCAACAUCUUGGCACGGAAUACUUCGAUCCAGAGGGUCCAGAGGCUCAUUGACUCUGUACCUCUAACCAAUCUUCUCUUCACCCUUCUCUCAACUUCCUACAAAAAGGCUUGUGUUCUCCAACGGCAGAGGAAGGGCUCAGUCAGCAGUGAUGCCAGCGCUUCUACAGAUUCAAACACCUACUAUGAGGAUGAUUUCAGCAGCACAGAGGAGGAUAGCAGUCAAGCAGAAAGAAGACAGGAGAAGACAAGUGCAGCUUGUGUUUCAGAUGAUGACAGUGAACCCAUCUUGGGGCUUUGGUUUGAAGAGACAAUUUCACCCACCAAAGAAAAAGUAGCCCCCCCACCACCACCUCCACUUCCACCCUUGGAAACAUCUCCUAGACUGAAGAGCCCUAGCAAGCAGAAUCCCAGUGAGAAUGGCAACAUUUUAGCUGGCCGUAAAGAUCCAGAGCUGUUCCUCAGUUUAGCCUCCAGCAUUUUAAACUUCAUCACCACCUCGAUGCUCAAGUCCAGGAACAACUUCAUCCGCAACUACCUGAGUGUGUCUCUUACAGAGCAGCACAUGGCUACACUAGCCAGUAUCAUCAAAGACGUGGACAAAGAUGUAAAAGGUAAAGGCUCCUCAGAUGAAGUGUUUUCUUUAGCACUGUAUCACUUCAACCACACUCUGGUUACAUCAGACCUGCCAUCGCCAGCUUUGCAGAACACCCUUCUUCAGCAGUUAGGUGUUGCACCCUUUUCUGAUGGUCCCUGGCCUCUGUACAUUCAUCCACAAUCACUGUCAGUCCUGUGCAGACUUGUCCUUAUAUGGCAGCACAAAGCCAGUGUGCAAGGAGACCCAGAUGUGCCAGAAUGUAUGAAAGUCUGGGAAAGGUUUUUGGGAACAUUGAAGCAGCACACCAUCCAGGGUUCAGUUCACGGAGAAGAUGACCUCAAUGUAGAGCACCUCCAGCUUCUGCUGCUUCUGUUCCACAAUCUGUCAGAGUGUGGGCGACGGUCAAUCCUCACCCUGGUCACUCAGGCUGUUACUGAAGUGGCACAGAGCAGAGACUCCCAGCUAAAGGCUGUGCCCCUCAACUUGGCCCGUCUGUUGCUGAUUUUUGACUAUCUGCUGCGCCAUUACUCCAAGGCUCCCUUGUACCUUUUUGAACAGGUGCAGUACAACCUUCUCACCCCACCUUCAACUGGGCCAAGUUCUGUUCAGGAUGGCAGCAAACACAGCAGUCUCCCACUUUACUAUGGGUUCAAGGAGGUGGAGGAGAACUGGGGCAAACAUUGUUCAUCAGAUUCAAGUGUUCAGCCCAAAUUCUAUUGUGUUCUGUCCCCUGAAGCAUCUGAAGAUGACAUCAGCAGGCUAGACAGCAAGGUCUUUCCAAAGUUGUUCAAUGGAGCAGUGAAAUACGACGAACUGUAUGCGUGGCUCAUCUCACUCCUGACCGCAGGAUCUCAGUUUGACACGGCAAGAAGAGAGGAGAAUAAACCCAUUACUCCUAUGGAGGCAUGCUCCCUUCAGUACUGCUUCCUAGUACUAUGGAGGAUUCUGGGAGUUUUACCCCCCUCAAAAGCUUACAUGGAGCAACUAAAGACUGGCUGCUGUGAUCCCACUGAGAGUGACAUCCUGCACACAUUGAGAUGGUCUUCACGUCUCAGAGUAUCAACUUAUGUAAACUGGAUCAAGGAACACUUGAUGAAGCAGGGAAUGAAAACAGACCAAGCAGCUUCCCUUGUUGACAUGACCGCUGCUAAGUGCAAUACCGUUAAAUACGAUGUGGAGUUGGCAGAAGAGUACAUUGCCACACAGAUUUCCACCUUCUCCAGUGUUGACCCAAACACCAUUCUUCCACUUCAUCAGUUACCUUCUUUACAAGCCAUCUAUACACUGGAUGCAGUCAUCUCUAAAGUGCAGGUUUCCUUAGAUGAACAUAUGUCCAAGGUUGCCAUUGAGGCAGACACCCCCAAGACUUCAGAUAUCUCAAAGAACCUGCUGCCAGCCACACUGCAGCUCACAGAUGUUUACACAGCCUUUACAAGGUCUUACCUACUAAUGAACAUCCCAGAGGAAGGAGAGAACAAGCUGACAGAUGCUAAGCUCCAGGGUUAUGCUGCAGUUUUAUCUAUUGGCUCCACUCGCUGCAAAGCUAACAUGCUGGGACACAGCAUUAUGCAGAACUUGCCGUCGGCUGUACAGGCAAUAUGCGAGACUUGGAACAGCAUCAACACUAACGAAUUCCCCAACAUUGGCUCAUGGCGAAAUGCAUUUGCCAAUGAUACCAUUCCAUCAGAGAGCUACAUCAGUGCCAUCCAAGCAGCUCACCUGGGCACACUGAGUUGUCAGUCUUUGCCUCUGGCCUCUUCUCUUAAACACAUUUUACUUUCGCUGGUUCGUCUCACUGGUGAUCUCAUUGUCACAGAGGAGCAAAAUUCAUCACAAGUUGUGCGCACCCUGCUGCCUCUUCUACUGGAGAGCAGCACUGAGAGUGUGGCUGAGAUCAGCAGCACCUCACUGGAGCGUAUCCUCGGCCCAUCGGAGUCAGACGCAUUUCUAGCCCGGAUUUACGAGCGAUUGGUGACAGGGUGUUACAACAUUAUUGCCAAUCACUCAGACCCCAACAGUGGUUUGGAUGAGUCUGUUCUUGAGGAAUGCCUCCAGUACCUUGAGAAACAGCUUGAGAGCAUUCAAGUCCGCAAGGCAAUGGAAGAGUUCUUUUCAUUCAGUGGCGAUCUUGUCCAGAUCAUGAUGGCAACAGCCAAUGAAAACCUGUCAGCAAAGUACUGCAACAGAGUACUGAAGUUCUUUACAAAGCUUUUCCAGCUCACGGAGAAGAGCCCAAACCCCAGCCUGUUGUGUCUGUGUGGCUCUCUGGCCCAGCUGGCCUGCGUGGAACCUUCUCGUCUGCAGUCCUGGCUGAUGCGCAUGACAGCCUCCCCACCAAAAGACUCGGAGCAGCUGGAAAUAGUGCAGGAAAAUCGACAGCUUCUGCAGCUGCUCACCACUCAUAUUGUGCGUGACAACAGCCAGGUGGGCGAAGGAGUUUGCACUGUCCUCCUCAGCACUCUCAUUCCAAUGGCAACAGACAUGCUGGCCCAUGGUGAUGGUACAGGAUUUCCUGAACUUAUGGUCAUCAUGGCCACUCUUGCCAGUGCUGGACAGGGGGCCGGUCAUCUACAACUCCACAGAGCAGCUAUCGACUGGCUGACCAGAUGCAAAAAGUAUUUAACACAAAAGAAUGUUGUGGAAAAAGUGAGCACCAACGUAUCCCAAGGAAAGCAUGCAAGCAUGCUGGAGUGUUCAUGCCACAUCAUCUCCUAUCUAGCUGAUGUAAUGAAUGCCUUGCGGCAAAGCAGUGGACAGGGCACAACAGCACUGCUGAUGGAGGGAGAAGAGAAGGCCAUGGAAGUGGACUCAGACUGGGUGGAAGAACUUGCAGUCGAAGAGGAUGAUUCUCAGGCAGAGGACUCAGAUGAAGACUCACUCUGCAACAAACUCUGUACUUUCACCAUCACUCAGAAGGAGUUCAUGAACCAGCACUGGUACCACUGUCACACCUGUAAAAUGGUGGAUGGGGUAGGUGUGUGCACAGUGUGCGCCAAGGUCUGUCACAGAGACCAUGAGAUCUCCUAUGCCAAAUAUGGCUCUUUCUUCUGUGACUGCGGUGCCAAAGAGGAUGGCAGCUGCCAGGUGAGACCGAAUACCUCAGGUCAUCAUGGGAAGAGAACAACAGCGGCCUUGGUCAAACGCAGCCCUAGCAGUGGCAUGGGAUCCACUGUCAAAGAGAGUUCUGCAUUCCAGAGUGAUCUGCGUAUGCCCGAGAGUGCUAUCCGCCACCAAAACGCUUCACCCUCUGACAAGGGCAAGGUCACCAUCUGUGAUGGUAAACCUGGUGAUGAGGACAGACCCAAGAAGAGUAGUGUGUGCAAGAGCAUUGAGGGUUGUCAGGAAGAAUUGCUUGCACAAGUGAUUGGUUCAUCCACUGCAGCAGCCAUUCUGGAAAUGCUCAUGUUUCUCAUGGAAGCCAUCCAGACCAACUUCCAGCAAGCAUCAGCAGUGGGAAGCAGCAGCCGGGCUCAGCAAGCCCUCAAUGAAUUGCAUACUCAGGACAAAAAUGUGGAAAUGACAGACCAGUUAAUGGUGCCUACGCUCGGCUCUCAAGAAGGGGCUUUUGAGAAUGUGAGAAUGAACUACAGUGGCGACCAGGGACAAACUAUACGCCAGCUUAUCAGUGCACAUGUCCUGCGGCGUGUUGCAAUGUGUGUCUUGUCCUCACCUCAUGGCCGGCGCCAGCAUCUUGCAGUCAGCCAUGAAAAAGGAAAAAUAACCGUUCUUCAGCUGUCCACACUCUUGAAGCAAGCCGACUCAAGCAAGAGGAAACUAACACUGACCCGCCUGGCCUCUGCCCCUGUCCCUUUCACUGUCCUCAGUCUUACAGGCAACCCUUGUAAUGAAGAUUACCUGGCUGUGUGUGGCCUUAAGGACUGUCAUGUACUAACAUUCAGCAGCACAGGAUCUGUGUCAGACCAUCUGGUCCUGCACCCACAACUGGCUACAGGAAACUUUAUCAUCAAAGCUGUUUGGUUACCAGGCUCGCAGACUGAGCUUGCCAUCAUCACUGCUGACUUUGUAAAGAUAUAUGACUUGUCAGUGGAUGCCCUGAGUCCCAUGUACUACUUCCUGCUUCCAAGUUCAAAGAUUCGUGAUGCUACAUUCCUUUUCAAUGAAGAGGGGAAGAACAUUAUCGUCAUCAUGUCUUCAGCAGGAUACAUGUACACACAGGUCAUGGACGAAUCCAGCAGUGCCCAACAUGGCCCUUUCUAUGUCACAAAUGUUUUGGAGAUAAACCAUGAAGACUUGAAGGAUAGCAAUGGGCAGGUCGCCGGGGGCGGUGUCUCCGUCUAUUACUCUCAUGUGCUUCAGAUGCUUUUCUUCAGCUACAGCCAAGGAAAGUCCUUUGCUGCCACAGUGAGCCGCAGCACCACUGAUGUACAAAGGCUUUUCCCCAUCAAUGUCAAAGGCUCUAAUGGUGGUAGCAGUAAGAUGUCACCUGCUCUGUGCCAAUGGUCUGAGGUCAUGAACCAUCCAGGCUUGGUGUGCUGUGUGCAGCAGACAACAGGCAUACCACUGGUGAUCAUGGUCAAACCUGACACCUUCCUCAUCCAAGAAAUUAAAACUUUGCCAGCCAAAGCUAAGAUUCAAGAUAUGGUAGCGAUUCGACACACAGCCAGUAACGAGCAACAGCGCACUACCAUGAUUCUGCUCUGUGAAGACGGAAGCCUGCGAAUCUACAUGGCUAAUGUGGACAACACGUCUUACUGGCUGCAGCCAUCACUGCAGCCCAGCUGUGGUGCCAGCAUCAUGAAACCAGUCCGUAAACGCAAAGCAGCUGCUACCACCACCCGGACUUCUAGUCAGGUGACAUUUCCAGUGGAUUUCUUUGAACACAACCAACAGCUAACAGAGGUGGAGUUUGGCGGCAAUGAUUUGCUGCAGGUCUAUAAUGGACAGCAGAUCAAACACAGACUCAACUCUACUGGGAUGUAUGUGGCCAACACAAAGCCUGGUGGAUUCACAGUAGAAGCUGUCAACAACAACAGUUCAAUGGUGAUGACAGGCAUGCGGGUGCAAGUGGGCACUCAGGCCAUUGAGAGGGCUCCUUCCUAUGUGGAAGUUUUUGGUCGUACCAUGCAGAUAAACCUGACAAGAGCCCGAUGGUUUGACUUUCCCUUCACCAGAGAGGAGGCCCUGCAGGCUGACAAGAAGCUGUCCAUCUUCAUUGGAGCAUCUGUUGACCCAGCUGGAGUCACCAUGCUUGAUUCAAUCAAGAUCUAUGGUAAAACAAAGGAGCAGUUUGGCUGGCCAGAAGAUCCACCGGAGGACUUCUCCUCUGCUUCAGUGAACAAUGUCUGCAGUCCCAACCUCAACCAGGGCAAUGGUGCCUCUGAUGGAGACAUAGCCACCCCCACUGCCAGUAGUGGCAGUGUACUAGAGAGUUGUGAAACUGAGUCCUUAUCAACCUUGGACCGGUUGGUGGUCAGCUCCCUUGAGGCUUUGGAAAGCUGUUUUGCAGUAGGUUCAUCCGGUGAAAAGGAGAAGAAUAAGGGUGCAGCACUGGAGUUAGCCACUCUUCUCCUGUCUAUGCCAACCCCUGCAGGUGUGCAGCAGCAGACUAAGGGACUUCUUGCUAGCCUGCACACCAGUCGAACUGCCUACCACAACCACAAGGACCAGUCUUUGUUGAGUAAUGCAGUACAAUGCCUGAACAGCAGCAGUCGUGAGGGAAGAGAGCUUGACCCUGAUGUUUUCCAGAGGCUUGUGAUCACUGCCCGCUCCAUUGCAAUCAUGAGAGCCAGCAACUUGGUGCAUUUUACAGAAACAAAGGAUACAGAUGUGGAUGGUCAAAACAGCAAUUUUAUCUCACAGCUGAUGAAUAACUUCUGGAAGCUUCAUGCCCUCAAACCAAAGAACGCCUUUCUUGCUCCUGCUUGUCUGCCCGGCCUCACUCAUGUGGAAGCAACAGUAAAUGCCUUGGUGGAUAUCAUCCAUGCAUACUGCACUUGUGAACUGGAUUACAUCAACAUUGCCUCCAAAAUCUACAUGCAGAUGCUUCUAUGCCCUGACACAUCUGUGAGCUUUGCUUGUAAGCAGGCGUUGAUCAGAGUGCUUAGACCAAGAAACAAACGAAGACAUGUGACUCUUCCAUCUCCCCCACGCUCCAACACACCUAUGGGAGACAAGGAUGAUGAUGACGAUGAUGAUGCAGAUGACAAAAUGCAGUCAUCAGUGCUGACUGGAGGAGAUGAAGGUAGACAUGAGAGUCAGGAACACAAUGAAGUGGACCAUGGUGACUUUGAGAUGGUGUCUGAGUCCAUGGUCCUAGAGACAGCAGAGAAUGUCAAUAAUGGAAAUCCAUCUCCCUUGGAAGCUCUUCUUGCUGGAGCUGAGGGUUUCCCCCCAAUGCUGGAUAUCCCCCCUGAUGCAGAUGAUGAAACUAUGGUGGAGCUUGCCAUUGCUCUCAGCCUUCAGCAAGAUCAACAAGGUAGCAGUAGCAGUGCCCUAGGUCUUCAGAGCCUUGGUCUUUCUGGCCAGGCUCCAAGCUCUUCUUCACUGGAUGCUGGCACUCUCUCAGACACCACUGCAUCAGCUAUUGCUAUAAUUUCAGCCCCCGCAUCAGAUGAUGAGGGCAGCACAGCUGCUACUGACGGCUCCACACUGCGGACCUCCCCAGCAGAGCACGGAGGCAGUGUGGGCUCAGAGAGUGGAGGUUCUGCAAUCGACUCUGUCGCGGGAGAGCACAGUGUAUCGGGACGCAGCAGUGCAUAUGGUGACACAACAGUGGAGGGCCAUCCUGCAGGUCCAGGCAGUGUGAGCUCCAGCACUGGGGCCAUCAGUACCACCACAGCCCAGCAGGAAGGCGAAGGCUCAGAGGGAGAAGGAGAAAAUGAGGGAGAUAUCCAUAUAAGCAACAGGCUACACAUGGUUCGUCUUAUGCUACUGGAGCGCUUGCUACAACAACUCUCUCAGCUCCACAAUGUUGGUGGCGUCCAAGCCAUUCCUUACAUGCAAGUUAUCCUUAUGUUGACUUCCGACCUGGAUGGCGAGGAUGAAAAGGAUAAAGGCGCCUUGGAUGACCUGCUUGCACAGCUUAUUGCUGAGCUUGACAUGUACAAGAAGGACGUGUCCAUGAAGAACGAGCGUAGCGCCAUCAAUGAAGUUCACCUGGUCAUCAUGAGAUUGCUCAGCGUCUUCAUGUCUCGAACAAAAUCUGGCUCAAAAUCUUCCUCUGAGUCAUCAUCCCUGAUUUCCAAUGCAACAGCGACUGCCUUGCUCAGUCUGGGUGCUAUUGACUACUGUCUCAAUGUGCUCAAGUCACUCCUGGAGUUCUGGAAAAGUCAACAGGGUGAAGAGGAGCCUGUGACUGCCAGCCAGCUCCUUCGUCCACACACAGCAUCCUCUCCUCCAGACAUGAGCCCUUUCUUUUUACGCCAAUAUGUCAAGGGACAUGCCGCUGAUGUGUUUGAAGCCUACUCCCAGCUGCUGACUGAAAUGGUGCUGCGGCUCCCAUAUCAAAUCAAGAAGAUUGCUGACUCCAACCCUCGUAUUCCACCUCCCGUGUUUGACCAUUCCUGGUUUUACUAUCUGUCAGAAUAUCUGAUGAUCCAGCAGACUCCGUUUGUCAGGAGGCAAGUCAGAAAACUGUUGUUGUUUAUUUGUGGCUCCAAGGAAAAAUAUCGUCAGCUGCGGGAUCUGCACACUCUUGACUCACACAUGCGCAGCAUCAAGAAGCUUCUGGAAGAGCAGGGCAUCUUCCUUCGGGCCGGUGUGGUUACAGCCACCUCUGGUUUAGCUCUACAGUAUGACACACUCAUUAAUCUGAUGGAACAUCUAAAAGCAUGUGCUGAAAUUGCCACUCAGAGGACAAUCAACUGGCAGAAGUUCUGCAUGAAGGAUGACUCUGUGCUGUACUUCCUUCUCCAAGUCAGCUUCCUCGUGGAUGAGGGAGUUUCUCCAGUACUGUUGCAGCUGCUCUCCUGUGCUCUGUGUGGCAGUAAGGUGCUGGCCAGCUCCUCUUCAACAUUCUCUGGAGGCUCCAGUAGUGCAGGACAGACCGGAGCUUCUCAGUCCUCUCAGAGCAAGUCUUCCAGUAAAAAGAGCAAAAAAGAGGACAAGGAAAAAGACAAAGAGGGUGAUGGGGUUGGCAGCCAGGAGGAUCAGCUGUGUAUGGGUCUGGUCAGUCAGCUUAACAAGUUUGCAGAUAAGGAGACGCUGAUUCAGUUUUUGCGCUGCUUCCUGCUAGAGUCCAACUCAUCUGCUGUGCGCUGGCAAGCACACUGCUUGGCACUUCAUAUCUACAGGAAUUCCAAUAAAUCUCAGCAGGAGCUGCUGUUGGAAUUGACUUGGGCCAUCUGGCCUGAGCUCCCUGCUUAUGGCCGGAAAGCUGCUCAAUUUGUUGACCUGCUAGGAUACUUCUCAUUGAAAACUCCUCAGACUGAGAGAAAGCUGAGGGAAUAUUCACAAAAAGCUGUAGAAAUCCUGAGGGCACAGAACCAUAUCCUGACAAAUCACCCCAACUCCAACAUCUACAACACUCUUUCAGGUUUAGUGGAGUUUGAUGGCUUUUUCCUGGAGAGUGAUCCCUGCCUGGUGUGCAACAAUCCAGAAGUUCCCUUCUCGAAUAUAAAGUUGUCAUCCAUCAAAGUGGACACCCGCUACACUACCACACAGCAGGUUGUCAAGCUCAUUGGCAGUCACACCAUCAGUAAAGUCACUGUGAAGAUUGGUGACCUCAAACGCACCAAAAUGGUUCGUACCAUCAACCUCUACUACAACAACCGGACAGUACAGGCCAUUGUGGAGCUGAAGAACAAGCCUGCUCGUUGGCACAAAGCAAAGAAGGUUCAGCUGACACCUGGACAGACCGAGGUGAAGAUCGACCUUCCCUUACCCAUCGUUGCUUCCAACCUGAUGAUCGAGUUCUCUGACUUUUAUGAGAACUACCAGGCCUCCACUGAAACCCUGCAGUGUCCCCGCUGCAGUGCCUCUGUGCCCGCUAACCCUGGUGUGUGUGGCAACUGUGGUGAGAAUGUGUAUCAGUGCCACAAGUGCAGGUCAAUCAACUACGAUGAAAAAGACCCCUUCCUGUGCAACGCCUGUGGUUUCUGCAAAUAUGCCCGAUUUGACUUCAUGCUUUAUGCUAAACCAUGCUGUGCCGUGGAUCCAAUUGAAAAUGAGGAAGACAGGAAAAAGGCUGUGACCAACAUUAACACCCUGCUGGACAAAGCUGACCGGGUCUAUCACCAGCUGAUGGGGCACAGGCCACAGUUGGAAAGUCUUCUGUCAAAAGUCAAUGAGGCAGCACCAGAAAAGCCACAGGAUGACACCGGGGCAGGGGCUGGACUUGGAACAUCCUCUGCUAAUGUGAACAGAUAUAUUCAGCAGUUGGCCCAAGAGUACAGUGGUGACUGCAAGACAUCAUUUGAUGAACUUUCCAAGAUUAUACAGAAAGUGCUUGCGUCUCGCAAAGAACUCCUGGAAUAUGAUCUGCAGCAAAGAGAAGCUGCCACCAAAUCAUCCCGAAGCAGUAGCAGCCACCAGCCCACCUUCACUGCCAGUCAGUACCGUGCUCUGUCUGUGCUAGGCUGUGGCCACACGUCCUCUACCAAGUGCUAUGGCUGUGCCUCAGCUGUCACAGGUCACUGUAUCACACUGCUACGUGCACUGGCCACGAACCCAGCCCUCCGGCAGAUCCUGGUGCUGCAGGGGCUCAUCCGGGAGCUGUUUGAGUACAACCUGCGACGUGGUACAGCAGCCAUGAGGGAGGAGGUGCGCCAGCUGAUCUGUCUUCUCACCCGAGAUCACCCAGAAGCAACCCAGCAGAUGAAUGACCUCAUCAUCGCCAAGGUGUCAGCAGCCCUCAAAGGUCACUGGGCCAAUCCUGACCUGGUUAGCAAUCUGCAGUAUGAGAUGCUCCUGCUGACGGACUCCAUUUCCAAAGAGGGAGGAUGCUGGGAGUUAAGGUUACGUUGUGCUCUCAGUCUGUUCCUCAUGUCGGUGAAUAUAAAGACGCCUGUUGUGGUGGAGAACAUCACUCUCAUGUGUCUGAGAAUCCUGCAAAAGCUCAUCAAGCCUCCAGCUCCCACUAGCAAGAAGAACAAGGAUGCUGCUGUUGAGUCCCUGACCACAGUCAGACCCUACAGUAAUGAAAUCCAUGCCCAGGCCCAACUGUGGCUCAAGAAGGACCCCAAAGCUUCUUAUGAGGCCUGGAAAAAGUGUCUUCUAGCACGAUGUCAGGAUGCUGCGUCUAAACCUCAGGCCAAGGCUGAUUUGCGUAAGCAGUAUCUGUUGGAAAAGUAUGUUUGGAAGUGGAAGCAGUUCAUGAGGUCCAGAAAAGGUGACGGCCUUUUCCCUCGCCUGCUUAAACUGAGCCACAACAACUGGCUGCGGCAGGUACUUUUCACACCUGCCACUCAGGCAGCUAGACAGGCAGCUUGCACUAUUGUGGAAGCCCUCACAACAAUCCCCAGUCGCAAACAACAGGUCCUGGGUCUGCUCACCAGUUAUCUGGAUGAACUGAGUAAUGCUGGAGAGUGUGCAGUGGAGUAUCUGAGUUUGUACCAGAAGCUGAUCAAACCAACACAUUGGAAGGUGUACCUGGCUGCCCGUGGAGUCCUGCCCUUCAUCGGUAGCCUGAUCACCAAGGAAAUCGCUAGUCUGCUUGCUCUGGAGGAAGCUACACUGAGCACUGACUUGCAGCAAGGCUACGCCCUCAAGAGUUUGACUGGUUUACUCUCUUCUUUUGUGGAGGUGGAGUCCAUAAAGCGGCAUUUUAAAAGUAAAUUGGUCGGCACCGUUCUCAACGGUUACCUUUGCCUAAGGAAGCUGGUGGUGCAGCGCACAAAACUCAUCGAUGAGACUCAGGACAUGCUGCUUGAGAUGCUCGAGGACAUGACGACAGGUACUGAGUCUGAAACAAAAGCCUUCAUGGCAGUGUGCAUAGAGACUGCAAAGCGGUACAACCUGGAUGAUUACAGGACCCCUGUGUUCAUUUUUGAGAGACUGUGCAGCAUCAUCUAUCCUGAGGAGAAUGAGGUGACAGAGUUCUUUGUGACACUGGAAAAGGAUCCUCAGCAGGAAGACUUCCUGCAGGGCCGCAUGCCAGGAAACCCCUACAGCAGCAAUGAGCCAGGCAUUGGCCCUCUCAUGAGAGACAUAAAGAACAAGAUCUGCCAAGAUUGUGACCUGGUGGCACUUCUUGAAGAUGACAGUGGCAUGGAGCUUCUGGUAAAUAACAAAAUCAUCAGCUUGGAUCUGUCAGUGGCUGAGGUCUACAAAAAGGUUUGGUGCCCUACUAAUGAGGGUGAGCCAAUGAGAAUCAUCUAUCGAAUGAGAGGUCUGCUUGGAGAUGCCACUGAAGAGUUUAUAGAGUCACUGGACUCAACCACAGAUGAGGAAGAAGAUGAUGAGGAGGUGUACAAGAUGGCAGGAGUCAUGGCACAGUGUGGAGGACUGGAGUGUAUGCUCAACCGACUGUCUGGAAUCAAAGAUUUCAAACAAGGAAGACAUCUGCUCACUGUUUUGCUGAAGUUGUUCAGUUACUGUGUGAAAGUGAAGAUCAACAGGCAGCAGCUGGUCAAACCAGAAAUGAACACACUCAACGUCAUGCUGGGAACUCUGAACCUAGCUUUAGUCGCAGAACAGGAGAGUAAGGACAGUGGUGGAGCCUCCAUCGCCGAACAAGUUCUGAGCAUCAUGGAAAUCAUUCUGGAUGAAGCCAAUGCAGAGAUUUCAGAGGACAAGGGAAAUUUGCUGCUGACAGGAGACAAAGAUCAGCUGGUCAUGUUAUUAGACCAGAUCAACACCCCAUUUGUGCGCUCCAACCCCAGUGUGCUGCAGGGUCUGCUGCGCAUCAUCCCAUAUCUGUCUUUCGGCGAACUGGAGAAGAUGAGGAUCUUGGUAGAACGCUUCAAACCGUUUUGCACCUUUGACAAGUACGAUGAGGAGCACAAUGCAGAUGACAAAGUGUUUCUGGAUUGCUUCUGUAAAAUUGCUGCUGGUAUCAAAAAUAAUAGCAAUGGCCAUCAGUUGAAGGAACUUAUUCUUCAAAAGGGAAUCACACAGAAUGCACUCGACUACAUGAAGAAGCAUAUCCCAAAUGCCAAAAAUCUAGAUGCAGAUGUCUGGAAGAGGUUCCUCUCCAGACCAGCUUUACCCUUCAUUCUCAGAUUGCUUCGUGGUUUGGCUACCCAGCAUCCCCCCACACAGGUGCUGAUAGGCACAGAUUCAAUAACCAACUUGCACAAGCUGGAGCAGGUAUCCAGUGACGAAGGUAUCGGGACUCUGGCAGAGAACCUUCUGGAGGCCCUGAGGGAGCACAGCGACGUCAACCUGAAGAUUGAUGCAGCUCGAAGGGAGACCAGAGCUGAGAAGAAGCGUAUGGCUAUGGCCAUGAGGCAAAAGGCCCUGGGAACACUGGGCAUGACGACCAAUGAGAAGGGUCAGGUGGUGACUAAGACCUCACUGUUGAAGCAAAUGGAAGAGCUGAUUGAAGAGCCUGGAUUAACCUGCUGCAUCUGUAGAGAAGGUUACAAGUUUCAGCCAACCAAAGUCUUGGGUAUUUACACUUUCACAAAGCGCGUGUCAUUGGAGGAAUUUGAAAACAAGCCUCGCAAGCAGCAGGGCUACAGCACUGUGUCGCACUUUAACAUAGUCCACUACGACUGCCAUCUGGCUGCUGUCAGGUUGGCCCGGGGGCGAGAGGAGUGGGAAAGUGCUGCUCUACAGAACGCCAACACCAAGUGUAAUGGGCUGCUUCCUGUUUGGGGGCCACAUGUUCCAGAAUCGGCCUUUGCUACAUGUUUAGCAAGGCACAAUACAUAUCUGCAGGAGUGCACAGGCCAGCGGGAGCCCACGUACCAACUCAACAUCCAUGACACCAAACUUCUGUUCCUCCGCUUUGCUACUGAACAAUCGUUCAGCGUGGACACAGGAGGAGGAGGCCGAGAGAGCAACAUCCACCUCAUCCCCUACAUCAUCCACACUGUGCUCUAUGUCCUUAAUACUACAAGGGCUACAUCUCGGGAAGAAAAGAACCUGCAGAGUUUCCAGGAGCAGGCAUGUGAGAAGUGGGUGGAGGGCUCGUACGAUGUUGAAGGACCACACUAUUUCACAACGUUGGCCAUGCACAUCAUGCCACCUGAACGCUGGAGGAGUUCACGCAUUUACUUCCUACGAAGACUUCUGGUCACCGCACAUGUCCGCAAGGUUUCUGCAGUCAGCACCAACAAACUCGCAGACAAAGCACCAAAGGAAUAUGCAGUCUAUCGCUCGCCUCUACUCUUCUGGGGCCUGGUGGAUCUCGUCUAUGACAUGUUCAUGAAAGUUCCCACCAGCAACACCGAGGGCGGUUGGUCCUUCUCACUGGCAGAAUAUGUCCGUCACAACGACAUGCCCAUCUACGAGGCCUCAGAGCGCGUGCUAAGAACCUUCCAGGAUGAACUCAUGCCUGCUGAGUCCUUGUCUGAGUUCUUUGAUGUUGUAGGUCUCCUCUCUGAAAUCGCAGACCCUAAUCUCUUCCUGCAGGACUUGUUGAACUCUUUGCCCUGAUGCAAACCUUAGCCCUCUCGCCCCCAACAAACGACAGACCCACAGAUAAUACCGGGACACCGACUGAUGGAACACAAAGAUUACUGUUUUUACACACUGACAUACGCAUAGUACACACCCGGUAUACACCAUGCUUCCGACUCACCUCCCAUCCUAAUACAACAUCUUCAAUUAAACUUUAAGCAGAAUCAUUAUCUAGUCUUAAGAAAAUCAUCAAUUUCCUCACAAAAUCUCUGUAACGCUUAACACAGAAACGCGGCACUAUUACAGGGGAAACGCACUAAAGCAGAGUUUUACAUGUUGCGCCUCUGAUUGCGAGCGAUUCAGAGAAGAGUCGAGGAUGUGAUUCAUAUGCGGCGAGGACUGAUCGUCACAUUAGAAAUGUGAAGUGUGUUUUUCUGCUUCAUGACUGUUACUGCCAACAAACCUGAAGCUUCACCACAUCACAGAUUGUCACAGAAUAGUUUAGAUAGUUGAGGGGUGGAACUUGUGAAUUCUCUUUUGCCGCACCAUCUCCUGCUCCUAAUAUUGGGGUGCAAUAUCGAGAUAACUAAAAUGUUUUGGGAUUUGACCCGCCACGUAUUCAGAUUGGUGUUUGAUUUGUUUGGCUUAAGUUUUUUUUUUUUUGCCUUUUUUAAGGGCAGAUGGUGUCAGUGUCACAUUGUUUUGGGCAAAACUUGUCCCUCUUUCCAGAUUUCGGUUCUAACUGGAAUUAAGUGAUGGACAAAGAAGAAAGGUUUUUUUUUUUAUUUGGUGUGUGUGUGUUUUAUCAACUAUUGAAGCAAAAUGAAAAAAAAAAGAGUGAUUUUGUUUUAUUUCUUUCCGUAAAGUUCUGCCUUGGUGACAAAGUAAAUUUUGGACAUGUAAAAGAUUGCAUCUGUUGCACAGAAAUAUCGGACCUGUCAAAAUUAAUAAUAAAACACACCCUACAUUAUAUCCUUAA